CUCUCUUUUCCACUUUUACAUCUUAUGUUUAAUUUAAAAUGGUGUAAGAUAACAGAUAUAUCAGUGAUGAUCUUAUGAUUAAGCGGUCACAGGCAUAAAAAGGAGUGUUGACUGAUUAAACAAAGUUAUAAUACUCCGAAGAACGAAGACUCAGUCGCAAAGAGUAAAAUACUGUGAAUUUUCUUCAUGGAGCCAAAGACAGGACUUCUGAAGCUGUGGAUUUCUAUGGUGGUUUUAAGCCUGACCAUGCCGUACAGUUCAACACACGGAUGCAAAGAAAAACGCAUUCAAUACACCAGAAAUAAAAUUGAAGGACUGUUACAUAUAUAUCGCAAAUUCAACAGUAAACUCACUGGUUGGCCUGAAGAAAUUCCAGAGCUCAAUUUAAAUACCUCUGUUUCAACUAACGAGAAAAGGCAGAGAGAAAACUGUGGAGUUCACUACAUGUAUGAUGCACUUGAGUUAAUAUAUCACCAUCAAACAGAAAUACAUGAUACCCACACAAUCAUAUCUGAAACUCAAACGGUUCUGAAGGUGUUAAAGCAAACCAAGGGCUGUUUUCAAAACUGCACAAAUAUCACAAAGCCUCACUUCCCUCAUAAAAACAUAUACAACAGAAAACAGUGGGGCCUGUCUAUUCUAGAGGCUUCUGUAAACUUUCUGGAUCACUUGAAGGUCAUAAAAACACAAGACAUGAAAGCCAGACCUUGACCACAGCCUCAAACCACAAUUUUCAACAUGCUAAAAAUCACUCUGGGAAAAAAAAAAAUGACAUUUAAUUUCAAGCAGUGAUAACAGCGUGCCAUGACGCAUUAUUCAAAUUAUUAUCUCAUUUUAAUUGAAAGAUUACAUGGAAUAUUUAUACUUUUAAAAAUUUAUCACUGUAAAAAAAAGUCCAUCUACUUUAACUUAAAACCAUACCUAAAAACCUAAAAUUUAAAAUCAGUGUGGCUUUACAAAUCAUUUCAGUAUUUUACAUGUAGUCUAUUUUUAAGAAAUGACCUUGAGUUUAAUUAAAACGUAGAUGGAAUUUUUUUUACAGUGUUACAACGUAGAACUUUUUAAAUGAACUGCAAAAAAACCCUAAACAUUGUUUUAAUGUGAUAAUGAAGCACCUAAAAUAUACUGUACACAUUCCUUUACAUUCAUUUAAAUUUCAACUCAAAAUCUUGAUGAUGAAUUUAAAAAACUAAGUUUAUGUCCAUUAUUAUUUCUCAACUACCCUUAUAUUAAUUCAUGAAAACUAAUAAGGUCCUGUUAUUAACAGAAUUUGCUAUAUGUUCUCAUAUUAUUACAAUGUUCAUAAUAUUUAUUGUACUAUUCACUUUUGUACUUCUUUGUACUUUUGUAAAUACUUUGUAUUUUGAUAUUUGGAAUAAACAUAUUUAUCUAUUUAACAAGAAAAUUAAAACUUUAUCCAUCUUG